AUGUCACUCAAAACACCACCCCAACCUCCCCCAUCAUUCUUUUUGACCCCUUCAGAGAUCCUCACCCAAACCACGAAUCUCAUCUCCACCACGACAACCCUCGAAGACUCCCUCGUCUCGUCCCUCACACCCUCAACCGCCACAUUCUCAUCCCUCCUCACCCCGAUCCUCAAAGACGACCACGCCGUCUCCAAGCAAACUCUUAUUAUCCGCCUCUUCAGCUCCGUCUCCGAAGACAAAGAUCUUCGCGAUGCAUCACGCACAGCAGAGGAAAUGCUUCUUAAGGCCAACACAGCAUGUCUCAUGCGCAAAGAUAUCGCUGCACUAGUGAAGGGUGCUUAUGAGAAGAGUCAGCGCGGAGAAGAGAAACUGGACGAGGAAGAUGCGUAUAUACUGUUCAAGACGCAUAGGGCGUAUCAGAAUACUGGUGCAGGAAUUGAAGAUGAGGAUUUGAGGGAGAAGUAUAUGGCUGCUGUGCAAGAGAGAAAUGAGGUUCUCGUCGCAGCUAAGAAGACGAUUAGUGAAGACAAUGAGGGAAUCUAUUUCUCGCGUGAUGAGCUAAACGGCGUGCCUGCUUCUGUCCUCGACGCCAUGAAGGUCAACGAUGAAGGCAAGCUAAAAGCGACCUUCAAAAAGGGCCAUUUAAUCUCGAUCAUGAAACACGCAACCAAUCCCGUCACACGAAGGGCAUACCAUAUCGCAAAGGAAAGCCGGUUUCCCGAAAAUGUCACCCGUCUAGAGCGCGCCGUCGAACUACGCAACAGCACAGCGCGAAUGCUCGGCUUCAAAACACACGCAGAGCUCAAAAUGGAGGAUAAAAUGGCAAAGAGUGUCGAGAGCGUUAUAUCAAUGCUCAACAAGCUACGUACAGAGUUGAAGCCGCUCGCUGAUGAAGAGAUGAGGAUCUUACUCGAGAUAAAGAAGACUUAUAUCCAAGAACACGGCACUGAUGAGACAGAGGAAGACUCGGAAAGGUUAAAUGCAUGGGAUUGGGCCUUCUACGCAAGGAUUCUUGAGAUGGAGAGGUUUUCUGUUGAUUCGCUUCUUAUAUCAGAGUAUUUUGAAGUUAACCACAGUCUCAAGGGCAUGUUGCAGAUCUUUGAGGAGAUUUUCGGCAUGGCCUUUAUUCCUACUGAUGCACCGGUGUGGCAGAAGGAUGUAACCGUCUAUGAAGCUUGGAACUCCGAGGAUCAAGGUGGCGAGUUUCUCGGAUACCUCUAUCUGGAUCUCUACGCACGAGAGGGCAAAUACGCAGGCGCACACAGCUCUCUCAUUCAACCUGGCUUCAUAACAUCAGACAACAAACACCACUACCCAUCCUCAUCCCUGAUAACAUCCCUCCUUCACACACCCUCCAGUCCAACUCUCCUCCUUCACUCCGAGCUCAAAACAAUGUUCCACGAACUCGGCCACGCAAUCCACAAACUAGUCACCCACACGAAGCAUCAACACGGCUGCUCCCGCGACUUUGUCGAAAUUCCGAGCAUUCUCCUCGAGAACUGGAUCUGGGUACCUUCCGUCUUACGUCGUCUCGGAAAGCACUACAGUUACCUCAACGACGAGUAUCUCAGCUUCUGGAAGACUCAGGCCACCGAUGCAGCUAGACCAGAGGAGGAGUUACCCGAAAGGUUGGCGCUUGACCUUGCUAAGACGAAACAUGUCAACGGCGCGCAUGCGAUGCUGCAUCAGGUCUUCCUUGCGUUAUUCGAUCUUACGAUUCAUAAUGCUGAGGAGGGGAAGCCUGUGGAUACGACAAAGCUUUGGAAUGAAAGUAAGACGGAGAUCAUGGGUCUUGGAAGGGCGGAUAGUAUUGGACAAGCAUCUUUUGCGCAUCCUUUCCGAGGAUAUGAUGCUGCGUACUUCACCUAUGCGCUAUCAAAGGUGUAUGCCACAGACUUGUGGGUUAGCCACUUCAAAGCCGACCCAAUGGACAAGAGCACCGGCCUUCGCUACCGUCAGCAUGUCCUGCAACCAGGAGGCAGUCAGCCCGAACUCAAGAGUUUAAGCAACUUCCUCGGUCGCGAACCAAAUGACGAAGCGUACUACUCAGAAGUCACCAGCACGCCAGGCUCCGAGAUAAGCAAAUCUUCCGCUUUGUAG